CCGACACAGACGUUAAGUGUGGGUGUCUAGCUAAAAUACGUAUUUGACGAACAAUGGAAGGAAAAACUCAGAUCCAAGAAGCAAUUAAAACUCAAGGUGACAUAGUUCGUAGGAUGAAGUCCGAGAAGGCAAGCAAAGAGGAGUGAUAGGGUUGCUUACCACUUUUCUCCUGUUCUUCCUGCCCGACCGUUGGUGUCCUGCUGGCCAUUCACGGAAUAUUUUGACCAUCUACGGAAUACGUUGUACCAACUGGGUCCUUCAUUACUUUGAAUGGCUUUUGGGUUGGCUGCCACAAUACCAUUGGAUGAUACACUCCUGAAUUUUGGUUUGUUUUUGACACGGUCUUGUGCCCUGUGUUCUUGAAAUGAACAUGUUUGCCAUGUUUGCUGUCCGGACCCACUCUGCUACUGUUGGCUUCCUACUCGCAAACUGUGCCAAAUCUCAAUGUUCUUUGAUGGGAAUCACUGUGGCUCAGAUUGACAAAGAAAUUGCCAAACUUCUACAACUGAAAGCGCAAUUGGGAGGGGAUGAUGCAAAACAUCAGUUUGUUCUUAAAACAGCUAAGGGAACGAGAGACUACAACCCUAAGCAGAUGGCAAUAAGAGAGAGAGUUUUUAACACCAUCAUCAGCUGUUUCAAACGCCAUGGAGCAGAAACCAUCGACACACCUGUUUUUGAACUAAAGGAGACCCUGACAGGGAAAUAUGGUGAAGACUCCAAACUCAUCUAUGACCUUAAAGACCAAGGAGGAGAGCUGCUGUCCCUUAGAUAUGACCUCACCGUGCCAUUUGCUCGUUACCUGGCGAUGAACAAGAUCACCAACAUCAAGCGCUAUCAUAUUGCUAAGGUUUACCGCCGUGAUAACCCUGCUAUGACCCGUGGACGCUAUCGAGAGUUUUACCAGUGUGAUUUUGACAUUGCUGGCCAGUAUGACACCAUGGUUCCAGAUGCUGAGUGCUUAAGGAUUGUCCAUGAAAUCCUCAGUGAGUUGGACCUUGGGGACUUCCGCAUCAAGGUCAAUGACAGACGCAUCCUUGAUGGGAUGUUUGCUGUGUGCGGUGUUCCAGGUGAUAUGUUCCGUACUAUCUGUUCAACAGUGGACAAAUUGGACAAGAUGCCAUGGGAAGAUGUCAAGAGAGAGAUGGUGAAUGAGAAAGGCUUAUCAGAGGAAGCUGCUGACAAGAUUGGGGAGUACGUCAGUCUGCAUGGCGGAAUGGAUCUAGCAGAGCGCCUCCUUGAAGACCAGAAAAUGUCUGGGAAUAAAGAAGCUUGUGCAGGUCUAUCAGACAUAAAACUGCUCUUCAGCUACUUGCAACUUUUUCAGGUUACAAACAAGGUGGUGUUUGACCUCAGUCUAGCUCGAGGUCUGGACUAUUAUACAGGAGUUAUCUAUGAAGCAGUGUUGUCUCAUGCAGGUAUAGAGUCAUGUUCCACUGAAGUUCGAAAUGGUUCACCUCCUGAUGAGUGUGUUAGUGUGGGCAGCAUUGCUGGAGGGGGUCGCUAUGAUGGGUUGGUUGGCAUGUUUGACCCCAAUGGUAAGAGAGUACCAUGCGUUGGUGUCAGCAUCGGCAUUGAGAGAAUCUUCUCGUACAUGGAGCAAAAAGCUGAGGCUUUAGCUUUGAAGAUACGCACAACCGAGGUGCAGGUGAUGGUAGCAUCUGCGCAGAAGAACUUGAUGGAGGAGAGACUCAAACUUGUCACUGAACUUUGGAACGCUGGCAUCAAGGCUGAGGUGAUGUACAAGAGGAACCCAAAAUUGCUAAAUCAGCUACAGCACUGUGAGGAUUCUGGGAUCCCCCUUGUGGCGAUUCUUGGUGAACAGGAGCUAAAAGAUGGCGUUGUCAAACUCCGUGUUGUGGCCACCAGAGAGGAGUGCAGCAAACUCACUCCAGAAGUUCAGUGAGGAUCUUUGAAUGGACUGGUGCCAGCGGAACCGCCUCCAGAUUAACAGAUAAACAAAGGAGCUGGUGGUGGACUUCCGCCGGCGCAAAGACCCCCCUCGCCGGUGAACAUCCAGGGAACGGAGGUAGAGAUUGUGGACUCUUACAAGUACCUGGGUGUUCACCUGAACAAUAAACUGGACUGGACUAGUAACACUCAGGCCCUAUACAAGAAGGGCCAGAGCAGACUCCACCUGCUGCGCAGACUGAGGUCCUUCGGAGUGAGGGACAGCCUCCUGAGGACCUUCUACGUCUCUGUGGUGGCGUCCACCAUUUUUUAUGGGGUCGUCUGCUGGAGCAGCGGCAUCACUGCAGCGGAGAGGAAGAGGCUGGACAAGGUGGUGAAGAAAGCCGGCUCUGUCCUCGGCUGCAGUCUGGACCGGGUGGAGGUGGUGGGGGAGAGGAGGAUGGUGGCUAAGCUGUCCUCCAUCAUGGACAACGUCUCCUACCCCCUUCAUGAGACUGUCAGAGCCCUGGAGAGCUCCAUCAGUGACCGGCUUCGUCACCCACGAUGCACCCCCGAGAGGCAUCGCAGGUCCUUCCUCCCUGCUGCCAUCAGACUAUACAACCAGGCUAAAUCACUGUAGCUUUAAUUUAACGUGCAAUAAUAACGUGCAAUAACCGUGUGUGAAGUCAUAUGUGCAAUAUCCGUCUACCUCAUACUCUUUUUACCUGCUUUUGCACUGUUUUUUCCUUCCCUUGCACUGUUUUUUUAUCUAAUCAUUUCUUUAUCUCCACUGUGUGUAAAAGUGCAUUGUGUACAUACUGUCCAUAUUUUUUUAAAUUAUAUAUAUCUUUUACUUUUUAAAAUCUUUUACCCCCUUCCCUGCAUGCGUGUGUGCGUGUAUGUUAAGUGUACUGCUGCUUACACAGGAGUUUCCCCAUUGAGGAAAUAAUAAAGGACUAUCUUAUCUUA